AUGGAUUUUUGACGCUGGCAGUGAAUUUUAGAACAGCCUAUAUUUGCUAGUACGUCUGCGCGUGCUUGGAUCGAUACAGCAAUGCAAUGUUGCCGAUUAUCUGGUCGGCAGUUUCCGUCUUCCGUCGUCUCUCUCUCUGAAACGACUGCGAAUUGAUCAGCCAUCUUGGCUCUCUGUUCCUUUCGUUCACCGGCUUUCAUCGGGUUCGGUCUGUGGAUUCAACGUCUGGGGUGAUCAGUAGCUUGUCCACUACUGUCCGUUGCAGCUCGCAAGUUUCGCCACUCCCGACGGAACAUCAGAUUGUAUAGAAAUUAGUUACCGGACGUCCACACCCGAUCUCGCCAGCCAACAAAGAAGAAUUAUAUCCACCGAUCAAGAUUGUUCUCGCAACUUCGUGGUCCAUAGUCGUUGGAGUCACUGCUGAUUUCAAGUCCGAAGGUCCGCAGAAAUUAACGGCAACAUGUAUACGAACGGAUAUUCGCAAAUUCACAACAGUUUCAGAGCCAAGACAAAUCGAGAUCCUAGCGCUCACAAUGGAGGAAGUGGUGGAACUUAUUGGAACAGCCAGCAACAAAGACAAAAAGAUUUUACCAUAAAAAAACAACCUCAUAGAAAGACUCCAGGAGAUAUGUUAAAAAAACCUUCUUGGGACUUAGCAAAGUUGCCUUCAAUAACCAAGAACUUAUAUGUUCCUCAUAUUAAUGUUCUCAACAGAACAUCCGAAGAGAUCACCAGUUAUCAUAUGGGCAAAGAGAUCACCGUUAAAGGCAACAACACGCCCUCUCCUAUUCAGGCCUUUGAGGAAAGCAACUUCCCAGAAUAUGUAAUGGAUGAGAUCAGAAAGCAAGGAUUUGCUGAACCUACUGCUAUCCAGGCUCAAGGCUGGCCAAUUGCAUUGAGUGGACGAGAUUUAGUUGGUAUUGCUCAAACUGGUUCUGGAAAAACUUUAGCUUAUGUUCUUCCGGCAACGGUUCACAUCAAUAAUCAGCCUCGUCUCAGUCGCGGUGACGGUCCGAUUGUUCUAAUUCUUGCUCCAACACGUGAAUUAGCGCAGCAAAUUCAAACGGUUGCGCGCGACUUUGGUUCCUCCUCAUGUAUCAGAAACACCUGCAUUUUUGGCGGAUCACCAAAAGGACCUCAGGCUCGCGAUCUUGAGCGCGGAGUAGAAAUCUGUAUUGCGACACCAGGCAGGUUGAUCGAUUUCCUUGAAAAGGGUACUACAAAUUUGCGUAGAUGUACAUAUCUGGUCUUGGACGAAGCUGAUCGAAUGCUUGAUAUGGGUUUUGAGCCGCAAAUCCGCAAGAUUAUUGAACAAAUCCGUCCUGAUAGACAGGUCCUUAUGUGGUCUGCCACUUGGCCGAAAGAAGUGCAAGCUCUAGCAGAAGAUUUCCUUACUGAUUAUAUUCAGAUCAAUAUUGGUUCUCUUACCUUGGCAGCCAAUCACAACAUUCGACAGAUUAUCGAAAUAUGCCAGGAACAUGAGAAGGAGUUAAAGCUGUCACAAUUGUUACGUGAAAUUGGAACUGAACGCGGCAGCAAGAUGAUCAUCUUUGUGGAGACUAAGAAGAAAGUGGACGAUAUCACAAAAACGAUUAAACGUGACGGCUGGUCUGCAAUUUCGAUUCACGGUGACAAGUCGCAGCCGGAACGAGAUUAUGUGUUGUCAGAAUUCCGCAAUGGAAAAACUAUGAUUUUGGUUGCGACCGACGUGGCGGCACGCGGUUUAGAUGUCGAGGACGUGAAAUACGUUAUCAACUUUGACUACCCUAACAGUUCAGAGGACUACAUUCACAGAAUUGGCAGAACCGGCCGUUGUCAGAGCGCGGGCACCGCUUAUGCUUACUUCACGCCGAACAACGCGAGACAGGCGAAGGAGUUGAUUGCAGUAUUGGAGGAAGCUGGGCAAGUCAUAAACCCACAACUGGCUGAUUUGGCGAAUUCUGUUAAAAAUCAAUACGGCAAAGGACGGCAGCGAUGGAGCCACAGUCGCACCACUAAGGACAACACUUCCCACGGAAGUCCUAGGAACAACAUCAGCCCGUCGAUAAACAACUGGCAGAAUCAGCAUAUGUCGCAGACAAACAUACAUCAGGUGACACAGGAGAAGACUAUGGCACGUCAGCGCAAUAAUGGCUAUCAAGCCAAUCGUCAAAACAAUUAUCAGUCUCAACAUUCGUUUUCCCAAAAUCAACAGAAUCUGCGGCAGUCCUCUACUAAUUAUCAGAAUAACUAUCAGGCGGCCAAUACCACACCACCGCAGACCCAUCAGACUAUCAACACAACCAGAUACCAAGGUAGAACCGGAUAUCAAGGUAAUCGUUUCCAAAAUCGACAGAACAGUUUCAACGGCGGUCAGAACGGACCGAACGUAUACUCAAUGCCCCCGCCAUUUAUGAUGCCGUCUAAUGGCCAUGCUGAUUCUGGGAUUCAAAAUCUUGUGAAUAACAAGUUUUUCCAGACUAACCGACCGCCACCUAACACCGGCGCUUGUGCCUAUCAAUCGAUGGGUUAUGGUCAGUUUCAGGCAGUAACACCGUACGGAUAUCCGUAUCCACCUACACCGGUUCAGCAGUGACGCCUUUCACAGUGCAAAAUAGUCGGGAUACGGGCUAAGUAAACCGUAAGUAAUCAAGUUCAUCUUAUUGAAGUCGAACGGGUCGUAUACUCUUUGACCGGGUAGGAAACAUAGUUUGUCUUAAUCUUAGACUGUCGAUGGUUAGCUGAUUUUGUGGAAAUUUGAGACCUUUCACUUUAAUGUCCAGCAUAUCCAGAAAUUUAAAUUCAUAUGUUUAUGAUAUGUUAUUCUUAUUGUUGCGUUGUUAUUUUCAUGUUUUGUUAAAAGAAAAUUUUUUUUUUUUUGACUAUACAAUCAAGUUUACAUAUCUUUUACUCUUCUCUUCUGCUACUUUUUUUUUUAUUAUUCAAAAAUUAGAGAGAUGAACUUACUUUUUGUUUGAUAUUUAAUAUUUUGUUUGAUUUUUUUUUCAACUCUCUGUCAUAUUUAACUUUUGUCAACAUUGAAGAGAAUCGACAGUCUCUAAUAAGUAUCUUUAGAUAUAAUAUAAUUGUUCUUGUUUCUUUGUUCUUUUUUGGAAUUGUGCCAAUUUCGUACCUUAAAACAUAAUUUGUUUCGAAAUAUUAACGACAGAAUAUUGUUAAUAAGAAAACACAACUCAUAUAUGGAUGUAAAAAAAAAAAAAAAACAAACAAACAAAUUGGUUUUCACUUGGUAAGAUUUCAAAAACAAGCCGACAGUUUAACAAUUUGGAUUUUAAUAAUAAUUUGAUUUAAAAAUAAAAAUAAAAUCAUCAAAAAUUAAAAUUAAAAAUAAAAAUAUUGCUAACUUCAGGAAAUAUGUGUAUACAUUUUUAAACAAUUUGAAUAAAUUAAUGAUCAAAAUAGAACUGAAACUAUAUAAUUGUAUGGAAGAGAGCCGUGUGUCAUAUCUAAUUGCAAUAAUUUAGAACAUUUAUGAGUUAUUAAAAACUCAAUAUUGAACAUAAGACGAUUUAUUUUUAUUGUAAUUAUAUUAAUAAUCAUUUAUUUAUUUAAUCUUUUCGUUCGGAACAAAAUCACUUCAACAGAGAACGACCGCCCAAUGCCACUGUGCUUGCGUGUGAAGAAUCACUUUGUGUUAUAACUAUAUGUUAUACAACUUAUUUUCAUUCAUUUCAGAUGCAAGUAUUUUUUUAUAUAUAUACAUACAGAGGAAAUAUACGUGUAUACAUACCGCAGAAAGACAGAAUCGGUGCGAUUUUGCACUCUUGAUUCACAAACUCUUUUGCUCUCGCGGAGAAUCACAUAUUCCGGACAACUUUUUUUUUGUAACGAAAGAAUUAAUUACGAUUCUUUUAUUACACACAUUCUGUUCUCUUAAAAAACAAUUUUAUCUAUCAAAAUUCCAUAAACACGCGGGAUUCAAAUUGUUAAAUUAACGGGUAAAUAAAAAAUUUAUCCCAGGUGCGGCACAUUUAUUAAAAAUCGUGGCACAUUCCAAUUUUUCGAAUUUUUCAUGUAGCGUUUAGCAUCGUUAAUCGAUGAGCACAUUACACAAUAUCUAUAAUAUCUAGAUGUCGACUGUUGUCACGUGUAACACAGUCUACAAAUUUCUCUAAUAAUAUCACUGAGACUAGUUAUCUUCUUGUGCGAGUGCUAUGUAAAACUAUAUUAUAUAAAAUGCUUUUCCCGAAAUGCACGAAACAUAUAGAAGGGGGUGAGUUAAGACUUAUCAAGGUAUAAUAAUUUAUAAUUUAUUUAUAUAUAGUUCGCGUGUGUGUGAUUACACAUAUACAGAAAGAAAAAAAAUAU